AUGCUGGCGACAGAUGCUUCACGCAAAAUACCACUAGAAGCAGCCAAAAUGGAAGAACUUAGGCAAAGAACAUUAGCAGGACAGCAUGUACUCCCCGGAACGGUCAUCCAGGACGCGCUCCCUGCAAAGCAAGUCGCAGUCGACCCAAAUGCUCAGGCAAAGACGUCGUGGAUUCCAGCACAGUCUUCCCGUCAUUUCAUUGCUGGAGGACUUGGAGGAAUGUGUGGGGCCGUUGUAACAGCUCCCUUCGACGUUGUAAAGACACGUUUGCAGUCAAACAUGUUUAAACAUGCUGCUGCGUCCUCUGUCUCACGGCCUACAAACGUAUUCUACCAUUUUAUCGAGACGGGUCAUAUUCUACGAGAGAUCUUUAGAAACGAAGGAGUACCUGCACUAUUCAGAGGCCUCGGUCCGACAUUGGUUGGGGUGAUUCCGGCUCGCUCCAUCAACUUUUUCACCUAUGGAAAUGGCAAGCAAAUCAUUGCGCAACAAUUUAACGACGGAAAGGAGAGUGCCGCCGUUCAUCUCAGUGCCGCCGCCCUCGCAGGCAUCGCGACUGGGUCAUGUACAAACCCCAUCUGGGUCGUAAAGACGCGUAUGCAGCUCUCGGCAGCCCAAUCUCAGCCCUUUAAUUCUGCACUCGCCUGUAUCACCCACAUCUUCCGGCAUGAGGGAAUUCGUGGAUUCUACAAGGGUCUCUCUGCUAGUUAUCUCGGAGUCAGCGAAGGUGUCAUUCAAUGGACACUAUACGAGCAGCUAAAGAGACUAGCAAAGCGGGGUGAAGGUGGGCCCCUCGAAUGGGUUGGCAUGCUCGGUGCGGCUGGUUCAGCCAAAAUGAUUGCCAGUUUGAUCACAUACCCUCACGAAGUUAUACGAACACGCCUACGACAACCAACGGUCAACGGUGUCGUCAAAUACACUGGACUAUACCAGACACUACGACUAGUCAUCGCCGAGGAAGGUGCACGAGCGCUCUACGGUGGUCUAUCCGCGCACCUGCUGCGAGUCAUACCCAACGCAGCGGUUAUGUACAGCAUCUACGAAGCAGCGCUUCGUUGGGGCAACUGA